AUGAAAUGUGUCUCCUCAGUAGCUUACUCGUACCUCAUAAAUGGCGCAGCUCAGGGUCGAGUAGUACCUACCCGUGGGAUCCGUCAGGGCGACCCCUUGUCCCCGUACCUCUUCAUCCUUUGUACGGAAGUUCUAUCGGGGCUUUGCAAGAAAGCGCAGUCACAAGGGGAGGUGGUCGGUAUAAAAGUCUCCCGUAAUAGCCCAGCGAUCAACCACUUGCUUUUUGCGGACGAUACUAUGUUCUUCCAUAGGACAGACUCUAGGAGCUGCACUGCCCUUCUUUCGAUCCUCAAGAAAUAUGAAGGCGCCUCGGGACAAUGCAUCAACCUUGAAAAAUCAUCUAUAACCUUUGGAGCAAAAACCCUGGGAGAAGACAAACGACGCAUCCGCGAGCUGUUCCAUAUAGAGAAUGAGGGAGGCAUAGGCAAAUACCUAGGGCUGCCGGAACACUUCGGGAGAAAGAAACGCAAUAUCUUCGCAGCCCUAGUUGAUCGUAUGCGACAGAAGGCACAAAGCUGGACUAGUAGGUUCCUUUCAGGGGCGGGCAAAAUGGUACUAUUGAAGGCGGUCCUGGCUGCAAUGCCUACCUACUCCAUGUCUUGUUUCAAGUUGCCCUUAUCGCUCGUCAAGCAGCUCCAAUCCGUCCUUACGAGAUUUUUGUGGGAUCUCUCCCCUGAGAUCAAAAAGAUGUGUUGGGUUUCUUGUAGUAACCUCCCAAAACCAAAAAACGCGGGGGGUCUUGGGUUUAGAGAGAUAGCACAAUUCAAUGAUGCGACGCUUGCAAAAAUAUCUUGGAGGAUCCUUAAGGACCCCAACUCUCUUCUCGCAAGGAUUGUGAUCGGGAAGUACUGCAUGAGGACCCCUUUCCUUGAAGAAGUAAGCAUAUGGACUGAACCAUGGUUAUCUACAUCUGAGCCUAUAUCCCCAAUCGGGCCUCCAACUAACGAGAAUCAGUUCUGGAGUGUGUCAAAGCUAAUAGACCCUACCUCGAAAGACUGGAAUGUUGCUGCUAUACAAGAGACCCUACCUCAGUAUGAGGAGGAUAUCCGCAAGCUAAUUCCUAGCUCUUUUCAGUUGGAGGACGAGAGAGUCUGGCUACCAAACGCCAAUGGAAUCUACUCGACAAGAUCAGGCUAUGCGAUUGCAAAACUCUUCAAUGGCAAUGUGAAGGACAAGGAGUUUGAUUGGAAAAAGUGUGUAUGGCAGGUUGAGACCUCCCCGAAGAUUAAACACUUCCUUUGGAAAUCAAAUUGCAAGGCUCUGCCGGUUGGAUCUUUGCUGGAAGCUUGUGGCCUCUCGGUAUCUCCGGUCUGUCGACGUUGUGGGGCUCAGGAAACUGGGUUACAUAUCUUACUCCAAUGCCCUUUCGCUGUGAAGGAAGCACCCCCACUGUAUCUGUGGGUUCUUUGGGGUCUUUGGACUAAUCGGAACAAACUCUUAUUUGAGGAUAAGAGUUUCUCGGAAGAAUGCUCAGUGUUGAAAGCGAUCCAAGAUGCUAGAGCUUGGAAGGCUGCUCAGACUUAUGUCGAAAAGCCUUCUCUACCACAUUAUGUGGUCCCAUACGGUUCUCUCCCAACUGCUAACUCUUAUACAUGGUCUUCUUUCUCAGAUGCAGCUUGGGACUCUUCAACAGGUAACUGUGGUAUGGGCUGGCAACUCCGAGAUUCCUUGGAUGUAUGCGCAGAAACAUCUUCCUCUCACCGGCGUUUUGUGCCCUCGGCUCUUAUGGCUGAGGCUCUGGCGGUUAAAGCUGCAUUAACGGCAGCUAUCUCAUCACAUGUCAGUAGUCUUCGUGUCUACUCGGACUCAAAGUCUCUCAUCCUGCUCUUGAAGUCUCAGGGACAAGAUGUUAGCUUGAAAGGCGUUCUCCAUGAUAUAAAAAUCUUGGCUCGCUCUUUUGAAUCUAUCUCCUUUUGUUUUAUUCCGCGUUUAGCGAACUCUGUUGCUGACUCUAUUGCUAAGACUGCUCUGUAUUCUCUACACUUCUCUGUUCUCGUAACAGAGUAA